ACCUCGGUCCCUCACCAACAACAGGAUAGCAUUGCCAUAUACUGCAGAACAAUCAUUCCUCUCCUGUGAGAUAGAAUAAACAUAUCAACAAAAAAUGGCGGUUUCUUCUUCUUGCUUCUCCACUGUGUAUGCUCUUUCGAAACAUUCAUUUCCUUCUUUUUCACUCCAUUUUAGUCUUUGCUCUGUAAGAAGAAGGGGUGCUCCCCGCAGAUACAUAGUUUCUGCAAAUUUAGGGGGAGGAGAAGGUGGAUUCAAUAAGGGAGGGAAAAAGAAAUUCAUCACUAGAGAAGAGGAACCUGAUCAGUAUUGGCAAACGGCAGGGGAAAGAGAAGGAGAGAAUCCGAUGAAGACGCCUCUUCCUUAUAUCAUCCUCUUCGGAAUGGCAACACCAUUUGUGAUCUUGGCCAUUGCUUUUGCAAAUGGUUGGAUUAAAGUUCCUAUUCGUUGAUACAUUCAUCUAUUUCAUAAUCCCCAAAACUCGUGAAGUCAAGACUCAAUGUUAGCUUAAAGAAGCGACUAGGUGUAACUAUUUCACUUUUUACAACUUAUUCUCAGUCUUUUCUUCAUUCAUCCCGCUUCAUUCAUCUCAUAUUAUAUCACGUUAUUAAUGUAAAAAUGAUUUAGAAUCACUUAAAUUUUAUCAAAUUUGUUCUGAGA